GUUGGAGUGCUUUGGCAAAUGAGAACAAAAAAAUAAAAAAUGAAAAAUAAAAAAAUCACAAGAAAGAAACAAGGAUGGAUGAAGACAGCCUGGUGGUCGACUUCUUCAUGAAGAAACCAACAACCAGAAAACAGUCAAGCGCAUCACCAACAGUAACAAACAGAACAAACAGAACAACUGCAACACCCAUCAACAACCGAACACCAACGACCCCUAGGAUCUGGGCUGACUCGAUCCCCAGAAGACCAAAGGAACAAGCACACUCAUCCAAACAGCCCAGACAACCAGGCCAUCUAAAACCACAUCCAUACUCGACUAGCACCACCCCAAGGAGCCCAAUCUGCUCGAGUACGACCCUCGGAGCGGACACGCACUCUCCUACCAGAUCGAUCUCUCCUACCUCACCCCCUCCACUCCCUCCACCCUUGGAGUUCUCGUCUCCAAUCAGGUCUUGCACCUCCACCGGUCUAUCCACCACCGUCUCUCCCUCAAUCAACCCUUCAUCCACGCGUAAAUUCAAGCCAAAAUCAAUCCCACCAAGCACUCGCAAAUCCGUUCGACCGCCGCCUUCUCCCUGUGUCCAAUUCGAGCCAUCAAGUCGCGUCCUAGUACCCGAUUCAACUGACUCGCCUCCUCGGGAUCUCCCCUCUCCUCCUCCUGAUGACAUCGAUGAAACUCACUACUCCGAUCCAGAAUCCUUGCCUCCAGAGCGCGAUUUCGACGAUUUUUACAAAACACGCGACCCCGUUCCUCAAAAACUGUUCAACUCUUCUCCUUCUCCACCUGAGCUUAGGUCGUGUCACGUGAAUAGCUCAGCUAAAGCCAAAGGAAAGGCUCGUGAAAUCGAUCCUUGUCAGGAUUUGAACGACGAAACAGACGAAGAAGAAAGAAGAGACAGAUUGUUAGCUGAUUUGGGAUUCGAAGAAGAACGAGAAGAAGAAAUGCAACCUACUGAACAUGAGAGUUUUGAACCGUUUUCUUCAUCGCCGAUCGAGAUUAUUCGACCGGCCAGAAAGCCGGAUCAUCACGAGAAGAUGCCAUCGAAAGAAUUGACGACGACGAAGCAAAGUGUUGAUAAAUGGAAGCCCAGCAUAGCCGGUAGUUCGGCCCAGAAAACCGGAGGAAUCGAGCUGAGUGAAUGGGAAGAUGAGCUGACGAUCCAGCAGAUCGAGUCCGGCUCGAGCUUCCCUCAACAAGAACACGAGCCAAGCCUCCUCCUAGCCUCCCAGGAAGAUCAGAUCAGACACAUCGGGCUCGUCAUCGACGACAGUGAGGAUGAAGAUGGGAGCUCGAGUUCAGGAAUCGCUCCGCUUAUGGACUCUUGGCCUGCUUCCAAACGAUGCGUCUUCCUGAAGAUGGCAGGGUUGAGUUCGGAAGAUGGGCCGAAUGACGAAGGAAGCCAAGCGCAAGCCACCGAGGAUUGGGACCGGUUGUUGGGGAAAGCCGGCAAGAGAAACGGGGCCCCAGGAGCGGCGAAGAAAGUGGUCAAGAAGGCGUGGUAUAAUCGCUCCGUCUUUCGCGCUAAGAAACGAGGCUCUAAAUCGUUUAAAGGCGUCGGGAAAUCUGCGCGUCGUGUCAAGUAGCUUCGUCCAACCAGAUCUCUUCUUUUCCUUUCAUCAUCUUCUCCGGGUUUCCUUUCCUUUUUUUUCCCCACUUGGAUAAUCCCCUAUCGCUCGCAUUCUCACUGUUCCAUCCUAAACAUCCAAUAAUACAUUCAUUCUCUUUUCUCACACUUGCUUGAGGUCAAUGUAUAAUAAGAGCAUUUCAUUUCCAAAAAAUAACAAAGAAAUCAAGAUUUUUUAUAUGUUUAUAAACAUGUUAACAUUGUCAGACAUCUGCAAAAAAGGACCCAGGAAUUUUACGUUUUUAGUUCUUUUUUUUUUU